GACUGUGUGGAGAGCGCGUCUUGACUCAGCACUUGGAUUCGGCUCCUUCAUUUCCAACAUGGAAGAAACUUACAUCGAUUCCCUGGACCCUGAAAAGCUAUUACAAUGUCCCUAUGAUAAAAACCACCAGAUCAGAGCCUGCAGGUUUCCUUAUCAUCUUAUCAAGUGCAGAAAGAAUCAUCCUGAUGUCGCAAACAAAUUGGCUACUUGUCCCUUCAAUGCUCGCCAUCAGGUUCCUCGGACCGAAAUCAGUCAUCAUAUUUCAAGCUGUGAUGACAAAAGUUGUAUAGAGCAAGACAUUGUCAACCAAACCAGGAACCUUGGACAAGAGACUCUGGUUGAGAGCACAUGGCAGUGCCCUCCUUGUGAUGAAGACUGGGAUAAAGAUUUGUGGGAACAAACCAGCACCCCAUUUGUCUGGAGCACAGCCAACUACUGUGGCAAGAACAGCCCUGCAAGCAACAUAGUUAUGGAACAUAAGAGUAACCUGGCUUCAGGCAUGCGCGUUCCCAAGUCUCUGCCGUAUGUUCUGCCAUGGAAAAACAAUGGAAAUGCACAGUAACUGAAUAUCUCAUCAAAUGACUGAACCUAGAAGACUCUUGCUUCUUCCUGCUAUCAGUGGGUUCUUCAUUUUUCUCCUAAUCUAAUUAUAGAAAGAUAAACUGUCUGUGACUUUCAAACUGACAGAUGCCUUUUUUUCUCUCCCCCCUUUUGAGUCCUCAUUUGAUGCAAGAAAGACUCCGCAUAGUUUUAAAACUAUUUCAAAUAAACCAUUGAU